AUGUCUCCCAAAAGAGCCCAUCGCGGAGAAGCUGGUAUCUCGGAAAAUGAAGUGCGAGCGCUACUUCUGGGAAAGGAUGGAAACUUAACUCGCGACUUCGAGGCAGUCCUUACUCGUCUUUUCAUCUCUUUCUUAGAAAAGCCGACGGACAAAAGCCUGACGCAGAAUAGGCUUCGAGACUUCAGCAAAAUUUGCAAUGAUGGUAAACCCUUCUCAGAUGAGGAGAUUACGGAGAUCCAAACCUAUUUUCAGUGUGAUGAGAACAAGGGCCUGACUCUUAAGGGAUUCAAGGACAUGUAUCACACACAGUCUAGCGCUGAGCCGUUGGAGACGUGGCGAGACAUGAAGAAGCUUGGCUUUAACGAUGAGCUUAUUAACAAGCGCGAGGCGUCUCAACGUUGUCGCGUGUGCAAAGCGCCUGCAGUGCUUGUGUGUUCGCGCUGCAAGAGAGUGCGUUACUGUGGCGCUGAUUGCCAGAAACAAGACUGGAAGGGGUCGCACAAGCAGAAAUGCAAACCGUCUGUUGUUUAG